AUGUAUUUCACUUCGUCACAUGACAGCUCGCAUAUCUGUCAAGUCAGAAACGUAAACAAACACGGACAACUGCCCGUAAAGAUUGUGUGCAGAAUAAUCGUGAAAUUUUAUGUGAAAUCUCGAGAAAAGGAAAAACAUCAUUUCAUCCCGAAAUUUGGCAACAUUCGUCCGAGUAUGAUCGAGCAGCUGUGUGUGUGUAUGCCGACGAAAUACGACGCCGUUUCUACAACAAUCACUAAAGCCGGCUGUGAUCGUGAUCGGCACAUUCUCAACUGGACCAACACACCGGUCGUUGUGUAUCUUCAAGCAAACCAACGUUGCCAUACACCACAAAAUAGCAUGGAAAGGAAAGUAUUAUAAAGUAAUGUUAUAUUUGAAAGCAUUCUAAUCUUUCAUUGUUAUUUUUCCACUGCAAACAGGACAUUGGAUCACCGCAUCGACAAGUGGUUUUUAUGUGCAAGUGUUGUUAAGAAGUGUGUUGUACGGUGUAUUACGUGUUUUACUUUAUUUGUAUCGCUUUGCAAGUGGUACAAUUAGUGCGUUUAAUCGUUGUAAUACAGCUAACAUAAGAUUUACCCGAGCAUUAGAAGCGGCAACAAUACAUGUGCCUGACGCAGAGACAACAACGCCGUCGGCAUCCGUUGAUACCAUCCAAAGUGAUGGUUGAAAUCGUAUUUAAACGUGUAAAACCAUGUAUUGGGGCAUGUAAGUAUUGAAUAAUAGUUAAAUAAAAUACAUUUUAUCGUUGUACUGGACAAUGUGCAUCGAAAUUUUAAAAAAGUGUGUGUGUUUUUGUUUACAUCCGAAUACAGAACCCACAGCGUUAUACUGUGGUUCGUGCACUCGCUAAGUAACGCUUGAGCUUUGAGCUUUCAUUGAGCUUACAUAGAAUGUUACACGCUACCUGCUCACUAAGGACUGCUAUCGAGCAGUGUUAUGAGCAGGUAGCGAGCAGUAACGCUUCCAUACAAAAAUCGCGAAACGUAACGCUCCAAUGCUAUUUG